GUUGUAUGAUUGUGUACUGGUUAAAGGAACAUCAAGGCUGUCUUUAAAGUGCCGCUGGUUAAAAUCACCUCUUAUAAUAAUUGUAGAAUUGGCUGAGAAGAUUGGAUAAGAAAAAAAAAUGGCCUUCGCUGGUAUGCUUAAAGAAGCUGAUGUGAAAGUAGCUCUGGAUGGCUGCGCAGCCGCCGACUCCUUCGACUACAGGAAUUUCUUCAGCAUGUGUGGCCUGGCUGGCAAGUCUUCCGAUGAUGUGAAGAAGGCCUUCCUGAUCAUUGACCAGGACAACAGUGGCUUUAUCGAGGAGGAUGAGCUCAAGCUGUUCCUGCAGAACUUCUCCAGGUCUGCUAGGGUGCUCACCGACAAGGAGACCAGAGCCUUCCUCGCCGCUGGGGACAGCGAUGGAGAUGGCAAGAUUGGAAUUGAGGAGUUUGCUGCUCUCGUCAAGGCAUAAAUUCGCCCUGACCAAGACCCUCUUGAUUUCACAGACCACCCCACGCACCAUCUCCUCUUUGUGGGAUCCGGUAAUCAUCAACUGAAAAACAAUAUUUUUUAUCGCUUAUUUAUGAGUUGCCUGCGGACUAUUUUUCAACACGGCUCACAGCUUUUCACUGCUGAGAGUAAAUGUUC